UGAGACACAUAGGGUGAAAACAAUUACAUAUACUGAAUUGCAAUAUAGUGUAUGCACUUUUCCAUGUCAUUAAAUAACAGAUUGAGUGCGAAUGUAAAAAAACAAAACAAACAAAAAAAACAUUAAAGUCAGGGAUCCUGUUCCGCCUGCUCUGCCGGUAGUAACGCCUCUGUGAGGUAGCGGACUUUGAAAUCCUUGAAAGGAAAAUGAAAGCAAAAGGAGGGAAAUUUAGAAUGAGAGAAAUUAGAUUGUAAGAAGCUGGACUUUCUUGCGCAAGACUCUGUGGUGCGAAUCAAGUCUCAGAAUGAGUUCACAACGUUCUGAAGAUCACAGUGCUGUCAAGAUGCCCUGUGCGUUUGAGCCUUAUAAGAAGCAUAAAAACAUAGGCAAAUGUCUAAUCAUCAGUAAUGAGCACUUCUGCUCACCACAUUUGCGUAGAAAGGGCUGUUCUGUAGAUGAAAACUUCCUGUCGAAGACGUUCAAGUCCCUGGGUUUUCAUGUACAGGUGGAGAAGAACCUGUCAGCUAAUGAAAUGAUUGGUGCACUGAGGAAAGUAUCUAAGGAGAACCACACAGACAAUUCCUGCUUUGUGUGUGUACUGAUGAGCCAUGGAGAGGAAGGAACAAUCCUUGGAUCGGAUGAGCGCUGGCUGCCUGUCAAAACCCUGACCUCUCUCAUGACCUCUGACCUCUGCCCUAGUCUGCGGGACAAGCCAAAACUCUUCUUCCUACAGGCCUGCAGGGGGCUGGAAUAUGACCCUGGUGUUGAGGCAGACAGUGUAGAAGCACCGGGGGAAUUUUGGGGAAUUUCUGACGUUCCCGAGGCAGAUUUUCUCUGCUGUUAUUCCACAGUGGAAGGGUACUACUCUUGGAGAAAUCCAGAAAAAGGCUCUGUAUUUAUCCAUGAACUUUGCGAGAUGUUGAAGGACUGUCAUCUAGAGAUUAUUCAGAUUCUGACAAGAGUAAACCAUCGUGUGGCCAAUAACUUCCAGUCUUACACCACAGACCCGGAUACACAUAGAAAGAGACAAAUGCCGUGCUUUGCCUCCAGACUGACCAAGGAUUUUUACCUUCAUGUGCCAGAGAAGAAAAAUUAUAUUAUUUUUAAAUGACUGGCAGCAAGUCAGUGAUAAGGUUUGCGAGGUAGAAAUGUAUUGAUAUGUUAGCUCAAAUACUUUUCAUUCAGCGUUCUGUAAGAUACAUCGGUUAAUCAAUUGCUGUACAAAAUUGUCCGAUCAAUAUGGCAAAACUGUCUAAGAGCAUGCAGUUAAUUAAAUACUUCAUGUACUUUAUCCAUUUGAUUAUUUUCUCUUUUAAAUAAAAAAGUGUUAAUAAUCAAUAAAGUGUUC